UCCCUAUGCUCCCAGAACAUAAGGAAGAGGGCCCCUGAUCCUUCUAGAAUGCUGUAGCAACUUCUGCUGGAGAAGGCCAUUGAGAAGAAGAAGUGGGAAUUCUAUUUGUCAUCACCAGCCAUGCAUUUAUCGUGCGUUCAGAGACAGGACUCAAUUCAAAGCUGAUGUGUUACUUUACAUCAAAUGCUUGUUGUGGUAAAUAUUAGAGGCUGCUAAAUUGGUCAUUGCAGUGCAAGCCUCGGGGUCCCAAUGGGGGACUCAGGAUCAAGACGAUGCACUCUGGUCUCCCGGUUGCCAAUAUUCAGGAAAAGUAUUAGCAGAAGACAUGAUUCUCUCCCUUCUUCACCCUCUUCCAGUAACACAGCUGGUGUCCACAGCUCCUCCCCUUCCAGCACUAACUCCAGCUCAGGGAGCACGGGGAAACGCAGGAGUAUAUUCCGUGCUCCCUCCAUCAGCUUCCACCACAAGAAGGGGAGUGACCCUAAGCCAGAACCCACCGACCAGAACCUUAGUAUUUCCAAUGGUGCUCAACCCACUCACAGCAAUAUGCAGAAACUAAGUUUGGAGGAACAAGUCAAAACCAGGGGAAGACAUUCUGUGGGUUUUAGUAGCUCACGAAGUAAGAAGAUAACACGAUCUUUGACGGAAGAUUUUGAAAGGGAAAAGGAGCCUUCAACUAAUAAGAAUGUCUUUAUAAAUUGUCUAAGUUCUGGCAGAAGUGAAGGGGACGAUUCUGGAUUCACGGAAGAACAAACUCGCCGUUCUCUUAAACAGUCAACAAAGAAGCUACUCCCCAAAUCAUUUUCAUCUCACUCUAAAUUUUCUAAAUCGGUUCCACAGAGCCAAUCCACGUCAUUGGAACAGCAGCCUGAAUUCUCCCUGGCUAUUGCACAGCGCCAAGAGCGGGAAGCUGCCGUGGGUAGGCCUUCCCUGUCUUGCUCUGUGGAUGAAACAGAGCGCGCAGGAAGUUCCUUGCAGUCGCCUCUGCUUUCUGCUGACCUGACUACAGCUCAGACCCCUUCAGAAUUUUUGGCCUUGACUGAAGAUUCUUUGUCCGAGGCAGAUGCCUUUCCUAAAAGUGGAAGCACGGCCUCACACUGCGACAACUUUGGCCACAAUGAUGCUACCUCUCAGCCCGCUCCCAAUCCCACUGCUGUCACAAAGACUACGAUGGACUCUGCGGGCACUGCGCUCUGUACUGUGAUGUCUCCAGGGAGGUACAGGCUGGAAGGUCGGGGUAGCACUGAACUGCAUUCUUUGCCGGAGACCUCUCGCGCUAACCAGAGGGAAGUGUUGCUGCCAGGCAUCGAGUCCCCUGUCAGGAAUGGGAGUGACCCGGAGACACAGUCAGCAGCUGUUCAUCAAAGAGAAGAGAACCCCGUGGCACAGGGUGGAGAACCAAAGCUGAGGACCGGCUCGCCCAGGACACUGGGUUCCUACGACCAGCACAAGACGCCGGCUGAAUGCAUUAAAGGGGCCCACCCUGUUUCAGAUUCAAGGGUAAUUCCUUCUUCUGGGGAGCAUCAUGUUUUUAACAAAUCGUCUUAUGGAUAUGAACCAAAUGCCGCCAAAGUUCUUGCCAGUAGCCUCAGUCCAUAUCGAGAAGGAAGAUACAUAGAGAGGCGGCUGCGGUCCUCAUCUGAAGGAACAGCAGGGAGUGGCCGAGUGGUCCUAAAGCCGAAGGACGGGCAUGUGGAAGCCAGCAGCUUGAGAAAGCACAGAGCAGGGUCCUCGUCCUCCAAGAUGAACAGUCUGGAUGUUCUAAAUCAUUUGGGAUCCUGUGAACUGGAUGAAGAUGAUCUAAUGCUUGAUUUAGAAUUUUUAGAGGAACAGAAUCUUCAACCCCCAGUUUGCCGGGAAGAUUCCUACAACUCUGUAAUGUCGUGUGCGGCCGUCCUUCUUAGCCCAGUGGACCCAACAAGAGAAAUGAAGAUAUUAGAAGAACCAAAAUGUCCUGAGCCUUCCAAACAGAGCCUUUCCCUGAAAAUAACAAAAGACACUGAUCAAGAAGCCUGGUGUUCCCAUGUCGGCCGCAUGCCCAACAGUCCCUCUGCAGAUUGGCCCCUGCUGGGUGUGGAGGAAAAUGGAGGCAUAGAUUCUCUGCCGUUCAGAUUGAUGCUCCAGGAGUGCACAGCAGUGAAGACGCUGCUACUGAAGAUGAAGAGAGUGCUUCAAGAGAGUGACGUGAGUCCUUCCAGCAGUACCACCUCACUUCCCAUCAGCCCUCUCACCGAAGAGCCACUGCCAUUCAAGGAUGCAAUGAAAGAUGAAUGUUCGAUGCUGAAGCUGCAACUGAGAGACAGGGAUGAGCUCAUAUCUCAGCUUCAAGCAGAGCUGGAAAAAGUGCAGCAUUUACAGAAGGCUUUUGCGUCACGUGUAGAUAAAUCCACGCAGACUGAACUUCUAGGAUGUGAUGGUUUAAGCUUGAAACGACUGGAGGCAGUACAAGGAGGGAGAGAGACUACGUACCGAAGUCGAACUAUGAGCCAAAGUCUCAGCACAAGGGACAGAAAAGCAAUCCAUACUCCCACCGAGGACCGUUUUAGAUACUCUGCAGCUGACCAGACAAGUCCUCACAAGAACAUCUGCCAACUCCCAGGGAUGUGUCUAAGCAAUUUCUUAAAGGACAAGGAAUUAGGAGGAGUUAUGAAACAUGCAAGGGGAAAUUAUGAAGCUGUCACCUCCGAAGUGACACAGAACUCGAGGAUGACUGUGGGACAGAGUUUUCUGAAGCCAGCCACUAAAACAGAAGGACUCUCCAUGUUCUCAGAGAAACCAAAGGACCCAGCAGCUCUGUCCCGACAGCACUCCACCUUCACGGGCAGGUUUGGACAGCCACCUCGAGGACCUAUCUCCUUACACACAUACAGCAGGAAGAAUGUUUUUCUCCAACACAAUUUACACACCACGGAGUUCCAGACGCUGGGCCAGCAGGAUGGGUAGUUAGAUCUUUUCUCUGUGAACAGCAGAGAUGGCUAUUGUUCCAUGUGCCGUCUAAGAGUGGUCAUGUCCAUCUUCCUGCUUUUAUUUUUAUCUGUAAGCAAAGACUUAUGGGCUUUCAUUUUAUUUCCAAGAAUGACAGGUUGAGUAUGUUGACUUACUAGGAUGAAAUGUUCAGAAGGCUUUGCUCUCUUGGUGGAAAUAUACAUGUAUAAUGAGUGGGACCAUCUUGCUGGCUUUUGUGGUCUCUAAGCUAUUUACUUAUAUUUUUUCUGUAUCUCUUGCUAAUGUGCGUUUAGGUUUCAAGAAGGCAAUGUCGAAUAACUCUCUGUUUAUGAUCUUACUAUAAAGUAGGUUAGAAGAAUG